UAUAACACACCUGAAAGCCAUCUGCAUGUACGCUUUCAACAGUUUCUAGGAUCAGCAACAGCUCCAUAGCUUUGAAAUGAACGGGCAAGCAGAUGUCGAGGUUGAUUACAAGCGGAAAUACAAAAAUCUCAAACGAAAAUUAAAAUUUCUUGUCUAUGAACAGGAGUGCUUUCAGGAGGAGCUGAGGAGAGCUCAGAGAAAACUGCUUAAAGUUUCUAGAGACAAAAGCUUUCUUUUAGACAGACUGCUACAGUAUGAGAGGGUAGAUGAAGACUCCUCAGAUUCUGAGGCAACAGUUUCCUCAGAAAACAGUGAAGGAGAGGGACCCAGAGAGAGGGAAAGAGAACGAGAUGGUGCAAAGAAACGAAGAAGCAGUCCUGGUGCGUGUCUCCCACCAUCAUCCUCUCCUCAUCUGUCACUGUUGUCCCGUUCGGGUGUGAAUCCUCUCCAGUCAUCUGGAUCUGGACCCUAUCUGAACACUAUGCCCUUCCCACCAGAGUAUUUGGCUCCCCCAGCUGAACGAAUGAAGAAAGAGAGAAAAACAAAGACGCCAAAAAACAAGAAAGAGACCACAGGGAAGGUUGUUACUCCAAUGACAACCAAUUACCCAUCAGCCCCUGCAGCCCCUCCAACAGGCAGCGGCCCCUUCAGCUGGGUUCCUCGACAGAUGCUCAGCGGAGAUGCUGCAGAGGAGGAGGGGGAGAGUGAUGGCGACAGUGACAGGGGAGAUGAAGACAGAGGGGAGGGAGAUGAGGCUGAACUGGUCAUUGACAUCCCUAAUGAAUGAGCCUGCCUCUGUCUUUAGAUGUAUUUAUAAGUGGGGGAUGGACAAUGUACACGUGUUAGGGUGAAGCACAUGACUCAAGGACUAUUCCAUUCUGUGGAGGAGAGACAGGCACCCCCUUGUGGACAUUUACGAGACUGCAGAAACAGUGUCGAACAAUCCCCAACAGAAAUGUUUUCAAAUAUUAUGUUAAGAAUUUAAUAUUAGAUUACAUUAACUAGCUACUGUAAAAACAGACUGCCGCUGUAAUAGUUGGUUCUUUGUUUCUGACAGAGUUUAAAACUGCCUCCUGAUCAUAAUAUGCACAAACUGUGUCUUCAACUAGUGUGUCCUUCAUAAAAAUGUUGUUUUUUAAUGUUGAAUUAGCACCUCAUACUUGUUAUACUUGUUAAAGUAGAAAAACUGCUAAAUCAAAACUUUUUCAUAUGAUUUAAAUCUUUGGAAAUUUCCUUAAAGUCCUAUUUGGUUAUUUGGGAGUUUUUACCCCUGCUAUUUGUACUUGUGCUUUUUUUUUUUUUUUUUUUUUUACAGUACCAGAUUGCUGUUAUAUCUGUUUAAAAAAGUGCCAGAUUGAAAGAGUAAAUAAUGUCUGCAUCAAUGUAGUUGUGAAUAUGUCAAAUUAAACUGAAUCAUUUUU